AUGGCCAUGCAGCCAACCGGCUGGCAGUCGGCGCCGGUAGCUAGAGCAGAAGACGGGAAUCGACCGGAUUACUACAAGGUCAUUGGAGUCUGCCUGGCCAUAUGCUCUGGACUCUUUAUUGGAACGUCCUUUGUGCUGAAAAAGGCGGGCUUGCUCAAGGCCAACGAGAAAUACAACGAGGUCGCCGGGGAGGGCUAUGGCUAUCUCAAAAACGCGUACUGGUGGGGAGGCAUGACGCUGAUGAUUGUCGGCGAGGUGCUCAACUUUAUCGCCUACGCCUUCACCGAUGCCAUUCUCGUCACCCCGCUGGGUGCGCUCUCCGUCGUCAUCACCGCCGUCUUAUCCGCCGUCUUCCUGAAGGAGCGGCUGAGUAUGGUUGGCAAGGUCGCAUGCUUCUUGUGCAUCAUUGGAUCCGUUGUUAUAGCAUUGAAUGGCCCCAAAGAAUCUUCGGUCGCCGACAUCCAGCAGAUGCAGCGCAUGUUCAUCACUCCAGGUUUCCUGUCAUAUGCCGGUGUCGUUCUCGUUGGCUCCGCCGUUACGGCGUUUUACGUAGGCCCAAGAUGGGGCAGAAAGAACAUGCUGGUGUACAUCUCCAUCUGCAGCUGGAUUGGUGGACUCAGUGUUGUAUCGACACAAGGCCUCGGCGCAGCCAUCAUAGCAUGGAUUGGCGGGGAUCCUCAGUACAAGUUCUGGUUUCUCUGGUUCCUGUUCGUCUUUGUCAUUGGCACUUUGCUGACCGAAAUCGUUUUUCUAAAUAAAGCGCUCAACAUCUUCAACGCAGCCCUGGUCACCCCCACGUAUUAUGUCUACUUCACUAGCACAACAAUUCUUACGUCCAUCGUUUUGUUCCGUGGCUUUAAUGGAUCAUCAGCCCAAGGAAUCUGCACCGUCGUGCUGGGUUUCCUCACCAUCUGCUCGGGCGUGGUUUUACUGCAACUGUCCAAGUCGGCAAAGGACGUCCCUGACGCUGCUGUUUUCAACGGCGAUUUGGACCAGAUCCACACCAUUGCGGAGCAAGAGCAGCCAGAGUCGGAACCCAAGGCCGACGCCAUUCGUGGUACGGCGGCAAUCGUGCGACGCAUCUCAAAAGCCCGUCUGCGCAUGGAAGCUGAAGAGCUGAAGAGACUGCACGAGGAGAAAAUGGCCGAAAGCAUGUCGCCCAUUGGUGAAGACGGAGUGUCCGAGUACGAAUGGGACGGGUUGAGGAGACGGAGGACCUUGGUGGCCAGCAUGAGAAGUCGCGCGACCACAUCACCCCAGCCAGUAUCGCCGUCCAUCCGGGCUGUGGGCACUCCCUGCAGCCCUCAUCCUCCACUGGGCAUGUCGCGAUUCCCGACCGACGAAGAGCUCGAAGAGGCAGACCGCAGCACCAUCUUCACAACCAUCGCCGGCACGAUUCGAGGGCGACCACGGACCAGCCAAACCCUGCCCGCCUACACGGACCAGUAUGCCAUCGACAAGUUGCGAAGUCCGCUGCGUCCUGUUCCCUUGACUCAUAUCGUGUUUCCCGAGCAGAAGCCGGACGACGAGGCUGGGGCGUAUUACGGACCGACUCGCGAGCAUGUUUUUGACAGGCAGCAGCAGCAGCAGCAGCAACAGCAACAGCAACACGCCGAGCAUCAUGGCGCGAGCGGAAGUGCUCAGAGCAUUCCCCCUACGCCGCCCCCACACUCGGCUCGGCGACAGUUUUCCUUCAACCGAGUUUUUCGACGCAACGCCGGUUCGACUGAGGAGGAACGGAUCGGCCUUGUAAAGGAAGGAGAGGUUGAAGGCUCCCCUUCAUUUAUCUGA